UCAACACUUCAGUAUAAACACUUCCUCAUACUGAACAAGUGCCCAGCAGCCUUUGAAAAACGUGUACUGAUCGGGAGAGUAAGUACAUUAGACUUGAGAGUAAAAAAGAAUACACAUAUAUAUUUAUUUAUAGAUUUGUUAAAAGCAAGAAGAACAGAAUUGAAGAAAGUGACAGAUGAAUGGGGGUUUCAACUUGACAGAAUGCACCACCACCAUUCAGUCUAGCAGGUGAACUGCAGUGCUGAACUGCAUGGUUAACCCAUAGUUCAAAACAACCAUACUGAGGACAAGAUCAGUGGAUAUACCUAGAGGUUGAUUCUAAUUGGGCAAGAGAUAAGACAUUGAAAAAGCAAGAAUGGAGAGAGAAAAAGAUCAUAGGAGAAGAUGGAGCUUUUCUUCUUUUCGUAUUAAACGUAAAGAGCCAGCAGAUGACAGAGAAACUGGAUAUAGACGGAGAGGGCUUCUGUCCUACUCCUCUGUCCGCGAGUCCUCAAGAAAGGACAGCAUUCAGGAGGAGACAGAAGGGGUUGCUGCUCCUGUUACAGGUGCCUCAGCAGGACCCACCCGUCUGGUUCAGUUGAAGCCAAUGACUGACCGGUUAAAGGGUGAACAACCUCAAGGAGCUGCCUAUGGACAAGAGAAAGAUGCUGCGUCAUGUGACCUCCGCACUGUCCAUUCCAGAGAGUCUGAGCAGAGUGGGAGAGGUGCCACGAAGAGGCUCAGCACUAUGUGGUCCUCAAUUUGGGGCAAAUCCCAUCAGGACCAUGUGAUGAAGGGGCCUGCCCUUCAUGAGUCUUUGGAGCCAGCUGUGGUUGACAGCUCAGCCAGGGAGCAGCGCUACAUGAGUGGGCAGUACUUCUUUGAGUAUCUUGUGGUGGUCAGCCUAAAGAAAUCCAAAGAGGGGGCAUACGAGCCACAGAUUACUUACCAGUUCCCCAAGAGAGAUGGAAUGGUGAAAUUCCAAAGAGAGGAGGAGGAAAAGACCCUGAAGGCCCUCACACUCUUCUGUUUUCCUGAGGGCAUCAACUGGGCCCCCCUAACAGAGUAUCACAGUGAAACAUUCUCAUUUGUCUUGACUGAGCUGGAUGCCAGUAGAAGGAAUGGAUACUGUAGAAGGCUACUGCCCGGCGGCAAUGGAGCUCGCCCACCUGAAGCUUAUUGCAUCAUUAGCAAGCUGGCAUGUUUCGGUCUGUUCUCCAAGAUCUUUGACGAGGUGGAGAAGCGGCGACAGAUCUCCAUGGCGAUGAUCUACCCAUUCAUGCAAAGCCUUAGGGAGGCGGCGUUCCCUGCUCCAGGCAACACUGUCAAGAUCAAGAGUUUCAUCCCAGACAAGGGCACAGAGAUCAUCAGUCUGACAAGGCCACUGGACUCAUGGCUGGAGCAUGUGGAUUUCCGCACACUCUUUCGCUGUUUGACUGACGAGGAGGUGCUGCUGGUGUUUGCUGCCACUGUUAUGGAGCGACGUAUCGUCUUCAUAGCCGAGGAGCUCAGCACCCUGUCCCAGGUGAUCCACGCUGUGGCUGCCCUUCUUUACCCCUUCAUCUGGCAGCACACCUUUAUCUCCAUUGUUCCUGAGAUCCUUAUUGACGUUGUCAUGGCACCCACACCCUUCCUGCUGGGAGUGCAGAGGCGGCUGCUGGACCAGGUCAUAGACCAGAGUGAUCUGCUUGUGGUGGACUUAUCAGAGGAUAAGACGGAAACAUUCCUAGUUCAAUGUGGUGAUGAGAAGUCAAUUCUGCCCCCUAAGCUCCAUGAUGAAAUACUGCAGUCACUAAGACACAGGAAAGACAACGCUUCUGUAGAGCAGCUCAACAAGGUGGUCUCUGAAGCUUUCCUCCUCUUUUUUGUGAAGACGGUGGGACAUUUUGCCUCGUACGUGAAGCGGAAUGACAGAGGGGAGCCAGGGGUGUUUCAGAGCAGGUCCUUUUACAAGGCCAUCGAGUCCAAGACCACACGACACUUUGUCAAGAAGUUCCUCCAGACCCAGAUGUUUGACCUGUUCAUCCAGGAUGUGGAGCAGCAGCCAACAAGCUCCCAAAAAGGGAUUUUCCACCAAAAGGUUGUUGAAUACCAGAAGAAAAAAGCAGAUGCUAAGAAGAAACACUAACUGUCAUGCAAAAUGAAUACACUGUAAACCAGCUCAUAAUAUAGUGUAUAUAAAUAAUUUACUGUGGAUGUGUGAUUAUAAAUGUAUUUGUUUCCAGAUGUAGAUGUAAAUAUUUGAAGUGAAAGAAAGUUUUGUUUUUAAUCUGUGUGAAAAUGAGUUUGUUUGGGGUAACAGUGGGUGUUUUAUAUGUGCUGCUACUGUGUAGAUAGUUCACAAGGCGACUGGCUAUAUGUUUUGCCAUAAUGAGUUUCUGGUUCUAAAUCUUUGUCACCAUCAGAACCUGCCAACGAUGAUGACAAGAUUUUUUUUUUUUAUGAAAACCUUUCGUUAUAAUAAAUAGGAAAUAUCACAAAAUAUGUUACAGUCAUUGGAAACUGUCCAUAAAAAAUAUCCUGUUGAAACUUUUCCUAUUUAUUUAUGCAAUAGUACUACACCAAAAAUAAACGUUAAAAAUACAGUUACAGAAAAAGCUGUGGACUGUAAGUAAUAAUGGACAUGACGUUUUCAUGCCAUUUUCAUGCCAUUUUCACUCAUCCACCCAAAGAGGAACCAACAGUAAAUCACAGAAAACUGGUUUUGGGUUAUGUUCAUGACACACCAAAAAAAAGAAAAGAAUACUGACUGAAAUAGAGUGAGACUACCAGGGCCGGUACAAUAAUAAGAAUACAUUCUCAAUUGGAAGACAUUAGACAGUGUCACGGUACAGUGAGCAGCAGCGGCACCGUUCCGUACACUCUCACUUCCCAUCACAUAUUAACACAUCCCGGACUUGUUUUGUCACGUCUUAAUCAUGCACACCAGGUCCCUAUCUGCUCAUUAGUAUGUGUGUAAAUGUUUCCCCUCUGCUCCCCACAUUGUGGAUCAUUGUUGCCAUUGGGUGGGUGUGGGUGUCCCCCCGUUACUUGUAAGGACAUCAUACCUGUUGCCUAAGUUCGUUUUGCUGCUUAAGUCAGCCCUUUUCUUUCAUUGUGUUUUAUUCGUGCUCGGUGUUUGUUUAAAUUAAAGAUUCAACACGACUA